GUCGUCUCUCGGCGCCACAUACACUCCACCGCUUCCGCUUGUCCCGGGAGCUGAAACCACUCAGGGUCCUACCACGAGAUGGGCCAUCAAGACUGUUCCUUCCCUUCUCUUCCUCGCCGCCUUCAGCUGCCUCCGCUGCUGCCUUGAGCUGCGCUAUCCUCUCAGCCUCCAAAGCUGCCUCCUCUGCAUCUGGUGAGUCUGGGAUGGUUUCAAGACUGGAAAUACUGGGGCUUCUGGAUCGAAGUGAAGUUGGGGUAGACGGGACAGAUGAUGAUGGAUAUGUCGAAAAGGUGGAGGUGCUAGAAAACGCAUCAUACGCGCGGUAAGACGGCGAUGUGGCAACUGCAGAUGGAGUAAGAGGGCCAUUGACCGGAAACGAGCCCACGCCGGGAACAGCCAUUUGGCGAAGGGGAGAGGCUGGCCGCCGUAACUUGGGAAUAGUGGCUGAAGAUGUUAAGCUCAGAGCCAGGUUGGGCGAACUGUUCCUCUCCGCAAGCUUCCGCUCAGGGUCGUGAACCGAAAUCCGGGUUGGCGAUGUGGGAAAGGCUUCGUCAACCGGCUUUCGGGGGAUCCUAAUGCGGCUGGGAGAUCCUGCAGGGCUCGAAGGACGAAACUGAGGCGACAAUGAAAAGUGACCACCGCCAUUGAUUCCUGGCAUCGACUGUGUGCGCACCAUGGGCGGCGGGGCCAGGCUUGCGGCCGACCUGGAUCGCACGUGGUUGCUAGACAGCGGCGAGGAUGCACGAGGACGGUAUGUGAGCAAAGACCCAGGUGUCCAUGUUGGAGAAAUUGGUGAGGACGAAGGUGAGGGAUCGGUCGAUCGGCGGAUCGUGGGAGGCUUCCGCAGGUAGUCGAAUUCCGGAGGGCCGACUGGCGUCAACAUAGAUGGAGUCGCCGAAGCAGAAGACGACGCUCUUGAUGAGGGGAGAGACGUGGGCCGAAACUCCUCCAUUCGCUCUGUCUCAGGAACGGGUUCCAUGGUGAAUUGCUUGACUGAGGAUUCUGUGGUUCUAGUCGUGGUCUGCUGAUGCCCUCAUCAAACACCGUUUAUGAUGACUUGGUCAGGAAACUCAUGGAGCGACACAGCGACAGCAAAGUCGAUCCGACCGAACCACCGGCUGGGGGUGGGCGUGCAACGGCAACGGCAACAGCAACCGCAACCGCAAGCAAAUGUCAAUGCCUGGAUGCUUGGAUGAUGGAAUUGCUUGCAAUGCUGUUCCCCCUUGCAGCCGUGGCUGUGUUGGUGAGUGUGGACUGUGGAGGGCCAGGGGAAGCUUGCUCCGGCUCGGAUUUCGGCAAGGUAUCGAUCGCAGCGACUACUUCUGAGAGCGGCGACCUGGUAUUUGUUGAAAAGAAGCUGGAAGCGGUCACCAGCGUCUCACGAAGCUGUUGCAGGAAGGACGACGGGAGAAGGAGAGACCCAAGACUCAGUCAAUCAAGACCACUCACUGCACACGCGCUGCAGAUGCGCACUGGAAUGCAGGGAACGAAGGAUUAAGGCGGGGUCUUUACCCGGCCAGGGGUGCUGCUGGAUGCGCGGAAUGCACCAAUGGGGCAGUCGCUGGGAACUCGAAGUGGACAAAGCCCGCGAGGGCGGGACGACCAAUCAUAGACAGACCAAGAAAUAUAUGGCGCUCUGUUAGUGACCCUUCGCUGACUUUUGCUGCUUGCCUCGGUGCUCUCGUUUUGGGGUAGGUGACACAUUCAUCUCCAGGGACAACCUGAACUCGAACCAAACAUGGAACCGUCGACAUUACUGCCACAACUGCUGAAGUUGCCUCUGUCCGUGUCGACUCGAAACAACGGGUUGGGCUCUUGCGGUCUCACUCAUCACUCUCAGCCCCGGCUUUUGCACGGAUCACCAGCGUCCGUCACCUGCGUGCCUGCGUCCGUCUCGAGCCGCCGCCAGGUCCAGCUCGCCACCGGGCGAAACACUGUUGAUCCAGAACGGCACCUGCGGUUCCUUGAUUGUUUCGGGGACUGAUCAAUUUUCGGCGUUAAACUCAACCAUGGGACGAAUAUUGCCAAGUGUGCUGCCACUCCCGUCACCUACCUAUCUCAGAGCAUCCUGAUCGAUUAUCAACGGCAAUGCAGCAAUUCAUUUUAUUCAAGUUGGACAAGACAUUCACCAAACAACAGCAAAACAUCUGAACACGAAUAUAUGGAUUACUAUGCUCGUCGAUAGCGGUCAAUGGCAGCCAAUGGCCAUCCAUACAGAGUACACACCGCUUUCUUAACUCCAGGUUGCUCAUGCACGACUUGUUUUCAGGUCCGAUAUGCCAUCUGCAUCUUGGCAUUUGUUCUGCCAGUCGUGGCCACCUCUCAUCCACAAGUCACAGCAUACGUAGCGGCAAAGCUGUUUUUCGCCAUCUCCACCCCCGCAUUUUAGUGAUGGUGUGCUCGCCGGGGAAGCGCGGAGAGACCCACCCGGCCGGAUAUAACAUCCGAACCGCUCAUGGACCGUGCUUUCGGCAGUCCUCCCGGUGGUCUUCCGGCCGCAACAUGACGGAAUGACGGGACGCUGCGGUCCGGUGCCAAGGAACCUGUUGGUUCGAAACUUCAUUGGCUCUCCACAGCUGAUGUUGCCAUUGUCACCUUGUCUGAGCGCCUGUCAGACGCUUACCACAAGCUCUCCCCCGUCCUUUGGCUCUUCUUCUAUCUCAGAGCAUUAAAUACACUGGAUGGUUAUUCGAGAAGUCUCAGACUGGCACAUGUUGUAUCAGGGCAUCUGCAAUAUCGCGGGUACCUUGCCUCAGGCGCGCUCUGCCCUGAUCUGAUCUUGAACAUUCAACUUGUGUUGUCAACUCGAACACAAAAUCCGCCCAUGCUAUCUACCCUUUCCAGGAUGUUGAUCACUUGGCACUGUUCUACAGCAUUGGUUGUUGGUUCUGUCAAAGGCCAGGCAACCGUUUGAGGUGCAGUACGAACAACCCAAGUGGGACAUAUUGUUGGUGGACGCGCGGCCAUCAGCAGUAUUGCAUCUAGAUCCAGCAUCUACAUCAUUCAAGCCCUACCAAUACUCUCAGGAACCUGGUGAUGCUGUAUCGCAAAGAAGAUCCAGGGGCGUGACCCCCUGUCAACAACAUGCAAGGCCGUUCAGAGCCGCGUCACUUUGUGAGAUGGGCAGUUGGCAUUGAUAGCCAUACUGAAGAUAUACGAGGUUUAAGGGGCUGGGCAGUGCAUCGAGGACCUCAGGUUAUUAGUACAUAAGCUUAUGGCAUGUCCAGACUACCCUUGAGCCGGGCAUCUGGGAGAGCCGGUGAUAAGGUUAGAUCGGUGACAAUGGCAGCAACAUCUCUUCGGGACUUUUCCCGACAGGUGAAAGCCAUCACCAAGAAGAACCUCGUUCUCCUAGUCACACGGCACUGGAUAUCGACUCUUCUUCAAUCCAUUGUGGCUCCUAUCGUCGUUCUCGCCCUCGUACUCAACAUCCGAAACUUUGCCAAAAGCAGGGAACGCCUCGGGGUCGGCCAUGCUCGUCCUAUUCGUGCCCUCGUCGAAGCUAUACCCGCUUCACAACAAUUGAUUCUUGUCAGACCUGAUUUUCUCGGCUCUGAUGUCGACACGGUCAUCGGCAGACUCGCCGCCUUGCUACCCAACGACAAGACCAUUCGCUUUAACUCGGCUAAUGAAGCCAGAGGCCACUGCACACCCAACUUUCGAGGAGUGUCCAACUGCUACGCAACUAUCGUCUUCAAAGAUUCACCGCUGACAGUGGGCGUUUCCAACAACCAAACAUGGGACUACACAGUCAUCGUCGACCCCAUACGCCAAUACGGUAUGACUCUCGACAGCAGCGUGUAUGACGAUGAUAGUGCCAUCCAAAUAUACCAUCUACCUGUCCAGCUUGCUGUCGACAAUGCUAUUACCGAUAGCAAUGAGAGACCGAGGGAGUGGGCAUACAGCCGGACGUCCCAGCAGUACCUCAACGACAACCUUGACGCUUGGUAUUCCAGAUUGGUCAUCGGGACCUACGCCGUUGUCUUCUUCCUCAGCACACUUGUCCCUGUUUACCAUACUGUGAGCUUCGUGUCGGGCGAUAGGGCGAGUGGCACGGCAGAGUUGAUCGAUGCCAUGGGAGGAGGUCCGGCUGGCCGUGUCACCGGUACCAUACUUGCACUGAGUGUGGUGCAGUUUCCGACAUGGCUUAUCUCUGGGUGUCUUUAUCAAAAUCUACUCUUUCCCGAAACCAACGCAGCAGUUCCCAUCUUCUGGCAGCUUUUCAAUGGUCUGGCCUUCCUCAACGCUGCCAUUUUUGGUGCCUCUUUUUUCACGAAGCGCAUCAUCUCUAGCAUAUUCGUCGUCAUCUGUUUCUGCUGCCUCGGAGGCGGUGCCGCCAUCAUGUUGAAUCGGGUCGCCGAAACGCCACAGGUGCUUCCUCUGUCGCUGUUGUUCCCUCAGAUGAACUACAUCUUUUCCCUGUCACAUAUGGCCAAGUGGUAA